AUGUCUCAGAGUCUGCCAGCUCAUUUCAUCACGUCACCCUACGCAGACACCUUUGUCAAGGUCCUGUUAAAGGGAAAUACGAUCACGUGGGUCCACAGAGGAGUCAUCCCAGGCCAUGCUCUAUCGAGCGAGAUUACAGAAGAACUUGGAUCCAAGUCACCUUCGCCGAUCUUGGAUAUGCAGAACAUUGGAAAUGACACAGCCCACGUAAUCAUCCAUUUCUUCUACACGAAGCAGUAUAACUGUAUCAAACCCUGGGGUAUCUGUGGCGAUACAGCGAAGGGCUAUGAGCUCAAGGUAUCGAAUUCAGUCAUUGAAGCCGCUAGAAAGAUGAGACUGCCUGCUUUGGCAGACCUGGCAAAGAGGCAUUACAUGCGUGUCUGCCGUGAAAUGGAUUUCUUGGAUCUCGUCGCCACCUUGGGAAAGAUGAACAUUGAUACCAAAAAAUUCCCCGAACUUGCGCAGCAUGUCUCACUUCACCUCGAAAAGGUGCUUUCGGACCCCUACAGUGAAGGUGCAUCUGACUUCCUGAGCCAGACUACUUCAAACAGUAUUACGGAUAUACUUGUUCGAAAGUUGCUCAUAAAUGCCCGGGAUAAGCUAGCUAGUGAACCCAAAGCAAAGGCCGAGCCCGGAAAUGAAACACAAGACAUUCCUACGAGAACAAAACCUCCUUCGCAGGAUGCUGUCACUGCGGAGCCCGAACCGGCACCAUUCCCAUGGCAGCGUCGGACUCAGCAACCUCAGGAGGCCCCGAAGAACCCGCAGCCAGAUGACAAAGGCAAAGGACCAGCCGUUUCUAAACCGGAAACAUAUGUUUGGAAGCUCCGCGAAAAGACAAUUCCUCACCACGAGUCUCGUGCUGCAAACGGGCAAGAGGGAGCUCAAUCUGGGCCUUCAAGGGUGAGAGCUCACUGCGGCCCUAGCCCUGAACUUGCGAGUCGCAUCGCAAGCAUGAAGAACUUUGUCGCGGUUGAGAGAUCGUCGGCUGUUGACUGGGAGGUACCCAAGUCCGAGACCGAGAAAUCUGAAAGGUCAGAGAGUGAACAGGCAGAGUCUACCGUCGUUGAUUCUGACGAUGAGGGAGUCCUUGUUGAGUCGGAGACUCUACCUACUACGAAACCAAACAUGGAGCAUUCGCUUAACUUUAAGGUCAUGGAUCGAGGCGAUAUGAAGUUCCCAGAAAAGUCGCAGUACACCGGGGACGUUUGUCACAUCCUCUUUCGGUCCCAAGGGCCCCUUAUGAUCCCUAGAACGAUCCUCAAAAAAUGCCCAAAACUUGCUGCACGACUGGACAAGAAACACAUCUUCUCUAAACCACUCGAGACUGUCGAUAUUGAAGAGUACCCAUUCUCAGUUGGGCACAUAAUCAUUCACUAUCUGAUAACCGAUAAAUAUCAGUGCCUCAAGCCCGAAGGGGAAACGGAAGAUGAAAGAAACUGCUCAGAGCUUGCGAUUGCGUUUGAGGCUCAUGCUGCCGCUAUUGAUCUGGAUCUCUCUUGUCUACAGCUCUUGGCAUCUUCUGAGAUGAGAAGACUGGAAGGGAAACUGAAUCUAGUAUUGAUCACUCGGACACUGAACGACACAGAACUACCACUCAAUUUGUAUCCGACUAUCGCGGCAAACUUCGUAUCAUGCGUCCUUGGCGUUCCAGAGAAUGUUGCUAUGGUGCUAGUUCAAUGCUUUCUUCGGUUUAAAGGCAUUAGAUUUACUCAAGACAAUGCCAAAGAGACUGACCUGGGUGAUGAGAAGGACUUGGAUACAAGUCAGCUCGCGGAGGAAGAGCAUGAACUUUUGACAAUACUACAGACUUUCGACAAGGAAAACUCUCCAAUAUAUCAAUCGACUAUUGAGAGGGAUGUUAAUGAGAAGAUGGCUAAGGAAAGCUUCGCCAAGACCACUCAUGAGUCCUGGGAGGCUGGUGGUGGAAGCCCAUCGUCUCUACAAGACGCUCGUCUUCAAGACCCCCAAAAUGUCUCUGCCAAGCUUGGCCAAGACCUGGAAACCUGCAGAAAAGAUCUGGCGGCCUCAAAGAAGCUCUCGCAACAGUUGGCGGUAGAAGGAAAGGCCAUUCUGGAGAGACUGGCUUUGGAGCUCGAGAUGCAAAGCAUACUUGAACGCCAAACACAACAAAACGGACUUUUAUCUCUAAUCGACCGAGUUCGACUGAGGUCUGCGCGAUCUCGCAGCCGCGAUCUCAGUGCAGCAGCUUCUUUCCAUACUCUGGAUGCCAAAGGCCCCGGGCCCAUUAGUCCAAACCAGGAAGAAGAGAGCCGGCCUUAUUAUGAUGGCACUCAAACACCGACCUGCAACGGAAGAGACCGUCAAUCAUCCAAUGUGAAGGGAGCCAAAGACGGACUAGAGGAAGUUGGUGCACGUCAGCAAAAUUUCGCGUCUGAGACUACAAGCACGUCCGGGCAGGCUACGCCCCCUCCAGCUUCAAGCCCUGAAUCAGAGGUUGAUGAGGGUUAUGAUAAGUAUUUUGAGAAGGCUGAAGAUCUGGAGUCGGGAAAGUUCAACAAUUGA